CGCCCGGCGCGCGCCGAGCCUUCCGAGCAAGAUGGCAACCCCGGCGGCGGUCAACCCUCCGGGACGCGCCAGCUCCUACCCGCGGGCGGCGGACGCUGGCCUCGCAUCCCUGGGAACCAGAAGGGCCAGUCCAGGAUCCACUUAAGUUCCGAAAAUACCAAGCUUUGCCUUCCUCAUCCGACGCCUUUUUCUCUUCCUGUUCCGGCCCCUGUGGCAUCAGGCGUUGGCCGGUCUGGCGGGUAGGAGGGUACCGCGUUGACCGAGGGAAAAGUUUGGGCCCAGGAUUCAACAGGGUGGAACUCCCCGGAUGCUCCCCUGCCCGCCCCGCUCCCCCAGCGCUGGUCCUUUGAGACCUUUGCGACUAGCUACUAUGUAUCCUGAUCUUCAAUGGACACACACAGACAGUCUGUAGAAACGCAGCGUGGAGAAGCCCAGGCCGGUUCAACAUCCUCUGCUUUCUAAGGCUGACCUGUUCUCGGGGUGCCGUCUAUGACAACUCUGCUCAAUGGGCAGAUUUCAAAAAAGGGAAGAGUUCAUGAUCAGAAAUGGCUUCGGACAUCCCUGGAUCCGUGACAUUGCCCGUUGCCCCCAUGGCGGCCACUGGACAGGUGAGGAUGGCCGGGCCCAUGCCCGCCCGCGGAGGAAAGCGGCGUUCUGGAAUGGACUUUGAUGAUGAAGAUGGAGAAGGUCCCAGCAAAUUUUCAAGAGAGAACCACAGUGAGAUUGAAAGGAGGCGGCGGAACAAGAUGACCCAGUACAUCACCGAGCUCUCUGACAUGGUCCCCACGUGCAGCGCGCUGGCCCGGAAGCCGGACAAGCUCACCAUCCUGCGCAUGGCCGUCUCGCACAUGAAGUCCAUGCGGGGCACCGGGAACAAGUCCACAGACGGCGCCUACAAGCCUUCAUUCCUGACGGAGCAGGAACUGAAGCAUCUCAUCCUUGAAGCAGCUGAUGGAUUUCUGUUUGUAGUGGCGGCUGAGACGGGGAGAGUGAUUUAUGUGUCUGACUCCGUUACCCCCGUGCUGAACCAGCCCCAGUCAGAGUGGUUUGGGAGCACCCUCUAUGAACAAGUGCAUCCUGACGAUGUGGAGAAGCUGAGAGAGCAGCUGUGCACCUCAGAAAACUCAAUGACAGGCCGGAUCUUGGACCUGAAGACAGGGACGGUCAAGAAAGAAGGACAGCAGUCAUCCAUGAGGAUGUGCAUGGGCUCCCGGAGGUCCUUCAUCUGCAGGAUGAGGUGUGGAAAUGCUCCUUUGGACCACCUUCCUCUAAACAGAAUAACCACCAUGAGGAAAAGGUUCAGGAAUGGCCUUGGCCCUGUGAAAGAAGGAGAAGCCCAGUAUGCUGUGGUCCACUGCACAGGCUACAUCAAGGCUUGGCCUCCAGCAGGAAUGACCAUACCUGAAGAAGAUGCCGACGUGGGACAAAGCAGUAAAUAUUGCCUUGUGGCAAUUGGAAGACUCCAGGUGACCAGCUCUCCUGUGUGCAUGGACAUGAGCGGGAUGUCAGUGCCAACGGAAUUCUUAUCCCGGCAUAACUCUGACGGGAUCAUCACAUUUGUGGACCCAAGAUGCAUCAGUGUGAUUGGCUACCAACCCCAGGAUCUUCUAGGAAAGGACAUUUUGGAAUUCUGCCACUCUGAGGACCAGAGCCAUCUGCGGGAGAGCUUUCAGCAGGUGGUGAAGCUGAAAGGCCAAGUGCUGUCGGUCAUGUAUCGAUUCCGCACCAAGAACCGGGAGUGGGUGUUAAUCCGCACCAGCAGCUUCACCUUCCAGAACCCCUAUUCUGAUGAGAUCGAGUACAUCAUCUGCACCAACACCAACGUCAAGCAGCUUCAGCAGCAGCAGGCGGAACUGGAGGUGCACCAGAGAGACGGGUUGUCAUCCUACGACUUACCGCAGGUUCCUGUCUCCAACCUACCAGCCGGGGUUCACGAGGCCACGAAGUCUGUGGAAAAGGCAGACUCAAUCUUUUCCCAGGAAAGAGAUCCGCGGUUUGCCGAGAUGUUUGCAGGAAUCAGUGCAUCGGAGAAGAAGAUGAUGAGCUCAGCCUCUGCAGCAGGAACUCAGCAGAUCUACUCCCAAGGAAGCCCGUUUCCCCCAGGACACUCGGGAAAGGCCUUCAGUUCCUCGGUGGUGCAUGUGCCUGGCGUGAAUGAUAUCCAGUCCUCCUCCUCGACGAGCCAGAACAUGUCCCAAAUCUCCCGGCAGCUAAACCAGAGUCAGGUGGCAUGGACGGGUAGUCGGCCGCCCUUUCCCGGACAGCCAAUCCCCUCUCAGUCCAGCAAGACUCAGUCUUCUCCCUUUGGGAUUGGAACGAGCCACACCUACCCAGCCGACCCCUCCUCCUACAGUCCUCUCUCCAGUCCAGCCACCUCCUCGCCCAGCGGGAACGCCUACUCCAGUCUUGCCAACAGGACUCCAGGGUUCGCUGAAAGUGGACAAGGUAGCGGGCAGUUCCAAGGGCGGCCCUCGGAAGUCUGGUCACAGUGGCAAAGCCAGCACCACGGACAGCAGAGCGGUGAGCAGCACUCCCACCAGCAGCCCGGUCAGACUGAAGUGUUCCAGGACAUGCUGCCCAUGCCAGGAGAUCCAACCCAGGGGACUGGCAACUAUAACAUUGAAGACUUUGCCGACCUGGGCAUGUUCCCGCCGUUUUCUGAGUAGCUGCGCACAGAGCGAGGCUUCCACCGGGCAGUGCCCCCCAUGCCGUGACAUCGACGCCCACGUGAACGGGGCCCCCCCGCGCCCUGCUUGCCCUGCCGCGGGACCCCCCAACAGAAGACAUCUCGCCCCCUGUGUUCCCCUCACUGCCGUGGUGUUGCUCAGCUUCUAACCCACAGCUGCAGCUGCUCGGCCACCGACCAGGAGCCCAAUAGACGUCGGGGGCUGGUUGUAUUUAUUGUAUUUUACCUGUCUGUGCUUGGGAGGAGAGCCCAUUGGGUUCUUAAAAUCUGGUUGUGAAUAAUCUCAUAUUAGACAAUUUUCAUCUAUAAAAAGUUCAGUUACAGCUCAGAGAGCCCAAGCCGCACCCUCAGGCCUGCCCAGGAAGCUGUAAUCUGGUUUCUUCUGGCCUUUAACUCCUGUGUCCGGGUGGGGCUUAAGGGGUGUUGGGGAAAGAGGUGAGCAGGAUGCACAGGCUCUGUUCUCGGAGCUGGAGAGGAGGAGCCUGGGGACGCCGGGGAGGGGGACGCCGGCUCCUCUGGGCCCUGUCUCAGCCACGUCUGUGCGUCCGUCGUGCCGUGAGACGUGUGUACUUGGUGCAGUGUGAUGUGAAUCCUCGUCCUGAUGGAUGUGUUGUGCCCCGUGUCUGUCGUGUGCGGCCACAGUGAGGGUCUAGAAUCCAGGGUAUGUGGCGAGAGUGACAUCCCGGAUGUGCAGCCCCGUCCAAGCUGAGCAGGACCCCUGUGGCCGGGGGAGGCAGGGCCCAGGGCCUGGGCGCCAGGCGGACAGGCUGAACUGAGCAGACGGGCACUUGACAGCGUCACCAGGAGUCCUGGCCGGGAGCUGCCCACUUUGAUGGGUCAGUUCUUUGGUCCAAGCCCCCCGCGUGCAGAUUCAGAGCCCACAAGAGUGCCCACCCUUUCCUCUCUGUGUCUGAAGAGCAGCCUCUCCUGGUUCCGCCAGGGUUUCUCAUCCUUGCCCUGUUGGUGAGAGCCGGGCUUUGUCCCCACCCGAUGGCUGCAGGGUCACCCCUUGAGCUCACAGAGACUCUGGCCCCCCAUGGGGGUGUGAGGGGGAGGGCAGGGCACCCAGGCCUCCCGGUCCUUCUGUGCCACAGGGGUGCUUUCCUGGGACCAAGGUCUGGAGAUGACUGAGGGGUGAACCCUGUGCGCGGAGUGGGAGCUCUGAGAUGUUCACCGCCAGGCCGCCCGAGCCUCCUCUCUUCAGCCGGCUGGGAACAGUGGCAUCUCGCGGGGUGGAGGCGGGGGGUGGGGGGGAUUGCGGGACUCCGGCUCCGGUUUUGGUUCCAGUUCUGAUUCUGCCGCAUACUCGCCAGGGCCUUGAAUUCCUCAGGUGGUCUCAAGACAGAGUAAGAGCUGACUUCUAGAAGCUUCUACCUGGCUGACCUCUGAGCCCCCGGUCCCUGGCUUGCUGUGUUUCCCUCAGAUUUGAGGAGAUCAGUUGAAGAAUCCAUCCCUCCAGUUUUACUUACCUCUGCCCCUCGCAUGCCCUUGACGCUAAGGAAAGAAACUCUCGUGUUCUCUUCCUUUCCUGAUGGUCACCCUCCUGUCCUGCAUCAUCAUACCUGGCUGGGAAACAACCCUUGUAUCCCUCCUUCCUUAAUUCUGAUGGGCCAGGCAGAAUGGAGUUGCUUCUAGGCUGCCUGAGGGGGGAGCGAGCCUGGCCUGCAGGAAGGAGCCAGGGGAGAGUGUUUGCUCUCAGCCUCUGAAAGUUCUGCAUUAAAACCCCAGCCCUGGCUGGCAUCCAGAGGGGGUGUGUGCCCAGUCUUGCCUGGAGAGCUCCAGCUAUAAUAGUCCUCCAUUGUUCAGGAGAAUACCUUUGUCCAGUAGCUUUGUGUGAUCCCAGUUCCUAGGCUAAAUUAACACUGACUUUACAGUUUCUAGAGUGGCUCUUAAUCCUUUUGUAUAUAGUGGUGAUUGGACGUGGGGUUUAGACGCACAUGAUAUCCUUUUACCCUCAGGAGCCUUUUGGCUUCUGGGGAAAUGGCAAGUGGCUGAAACUCCACACACCCUGUCAGUACCAGAGCCAGAAAGGGCUCCCGGGCGUGCCCGGCCCCUGGGGCCACCUCUGCCCACCCCUACCAGCAGCCCUGAGCUUGCCCCAGGCGGUGGGCUUAAUUAUUUCCCAGAAAGGCACAAGAAUAGCUUUUGGAUCAAAGAAUGGUUUCUCAGUGAAAUGAAAUGGACUUCUUGUGGCGUUUAGUCUCUGGGUUUGGAAGUUUGACGGGGCAUGGGGGUAUGUUUGUCUUUCCUUCUGGUUUCAGAGGGCACUUGGGGAUUUUCUGAGGGGUACACACUGGUCGGCACGCCGACUAGGCCCAGCCCACCUGGGCUGUGCUGGGUGCCGAGGGGAUGCAAAAGGACAGAGGAGGACAGCCUUGCCCCCAGGGUCCUUUCAUCUACUUCACCCACUUACACAGCAUCUAGGGUGAGGACCAGUCAGUUCUUGGUCCUAGAAGGCGAGGAUUCAUGGGCGACUGAAAGCCAGACAUAAAGGGGGAGCAUCGUGACUAAAUAGGCCCAACGUCCCCCUUCCAGCUUUGUCCCCAGAGCCCGCGAGGGAGUCUGACUGCAGUCUGACCCACAGCUCGAGUUCUCUAUUUUCUCUAUUCCCCAUUCCACUCUUUGGUUAUGAUUCUUAGAAGCCACCAUGUGGCCACUAAGGAACAGAGAAGACCGAGAGGAUCCCACAUCCGAGGGAUUCUCUCCCCAAGGAAUUUUAAGACAAACUGGAGUGAGAAUUAAAGCCCUAGAGGGUCUAAUUACCCCAGUUUGCAGAAGAACCUCCCUCGCCAGUCCCGCCCAGUCAGGAUGCCAGGAUGCCCACAGCCCUGCAUCGGCGUGGCCUUUGGCCCUGAUCCCUCUCCUACUGGAGACAGAGGCAAAGCUGGGUUGGGAAGGCGAGCAACACCUAGGACUUUGGCUCUGGGACUCUCUUCCUCACACACACAUCUCAUCUCACAGCUACUAGGCCUUCGGCUGGCUUUCCUUAGGCUGAGCAAGCAGAAGGCUUUCCACCCAAAAGGGCCAGACGGUGGCUGCCUGAACUAUUGGUGAGGACACAGACGCAGCCACGCUGAGGCUUGGCCUGGACUUGGUUAGGGAACUGCGACAGUGGCUCCGGAGGUUCUAGAACACCCUGCCUCUGUGUUGGUCCCCACUAGCUUUGUCUUUAGUUUUGGUUUCAGGAAGCAAUAGAGUACCACAAACAGCCACAUUCUUCUCUGCUUCCCGGUUUAUCAAGUUCAACCCUUCUGUUGUUUCCUGGAUACCUGUUGCAACAAGUAGGAUUCUGAUAGCUGAUGGAACUGACAUCGGGGAGCGUGGAUCUCCUGUGCCAAUAAAGAGACCGCGUUCCCCAGACGACCCACCCUGGACACUAUCAGUGCUGCAGCCGGGCUUGGCCGAGAGACGAGUCGGGCCCCGGGGAAAUGAGUGUGUUCCCUUCCGCCCACAUCAGUACCUGGGCCAGCAGAUGAGCAGUGAACCUCUCCCCCCUGGGCCCACCUGCCCCCUAACAGUUAUGACCUGUCAUCUUAGCAAGGCCAAGCCGGUCACCUAACAGCUCUAGCCAGUAACAAGUCAGGAUGGAAAUGCUCCUUGUUCUACUAGAAAGUAUGGGUUUGGUCAUGAGGUCGCUGUGUCCUGACUUGCCAGGACGACCCAACUUGUCCGUUCCAACCCUUCCCCCCGUGCCAGAUCCUCAUCUUGUAUAUGAAGGGAACUGGCUGUCCUCCUUUUCCUCAGCUGCCUGGCGUCUGGGGCAACUUGAAGCGGCAUCACACCACGAUGCAGGCACAUUUUCACAUGUAGGUGUGCCUGGGUCUUGGGGCCAGAGCCUAUGGGCCAAUGACUGUGGAGGUGGGAAAAGGGGGGUCUCGCAGGACCAGGGCAGCUUGCUUCCAGUAACAAUCUCAUUUUCCUUCAAAAGCGAGAGAGUUCACAGAUGAGCUUCAGUGGACAAUUUAAGCACUUCAUCGUUUCUCUUUUAACCUUUCUUCUUAUGAAUGUGAACUGUGCUGUGGAUAAAUCAUCACUUGUAUUUCUUGAAUGUUCUCUAUGACUAACAGUUAUUAAGUCAGUUGUGUAUAUGUGUAACUAAUGUAACUGCCUUUUAAAAUUUCAUUACAAUAAAAAUGGCUUUGCUCUGAA